GGCGGGGGGCGGCGCCCGGGGCUGCCAUGAGCUCCCCGCCGCCCGCCCGCAAGGGCUUUUACCGCCAGGAGGUGACCAAGACGGCCUGGGAGGUGCGCGCCGUGUACCAGGACCUGCAGCCCGUGGGCUCCGGCGCGUACGGCGCCGUGUGCUCGGCCGUGGACAGCCGCACCGGUGCCAAGGUGGCCAUCAAGAAGCUGUACCGGCCCUUCCAGUCCGAGCUGUUCGCCAAGCGCGCCUACCGCGAGCUUCGCCUCCUCAAGCACAUGCGUCACGAGAACGUCAUCGGGCUGCUGGACGUGUUCACUCCUGACGAAACCCUGGAUGAUUUCACAGACUUUUACCUGGUGAUGCCGUUCAUGGGCACCGACCUGGGCAAACUCAUGAAGCACGAGAAGCUGAGCGAGGACCGAAUCCAGUUCCUUGUCUACCAGAUGCUGAAGGGGCUAAAGUACAUCCAUGCUGCUGGCAUCAUCCACAGGGACCUGAAGCCUGGCAAUCUGGCAGUGAAUGAGGACUGUGAGCUGAAGAUCCUGGACUUCGGCUUGGCCAGGCAGGCCGACAGCGAGAUGACUGGGUACGUGGUGACCCGGUGGUACCGUGCACCUGAGGUCAUCUUGAAUUGGAUGCACUACACCCAGACGGUGGACAUCUGGUCAGCGGGCUGCAUCAUGGCAGAGAUGAUCACAGGGAAGACGCUGUUCAAGGGCAGUGACCACCUGGACCAGCUGAAGGAGAUCAUGAAGGUGACAGGGACUCCUCCCGAUGAAUUUGUGCAGAGGCUGCAGAGUGCCGAGGCGAAGAACUACAUGAAGGGCCUCCCCGAGCUGGAGAAGAAGGAUUUUGCCUCCAUCCUGACUAACGCAAGUCCUCUGGCUGUGAACCUCCUGGAGAAAAUGCUGGUACUGGAUGCAGAACGGCGGGUGACUGCGGCCGAGGCGCUCACACACCCCUACUUCGAGUCACUGCAGGACACGGAGGAUGAACCCAAGGCCCAGAAGUACGACGAGUCCUUUGACGAUGUGGAUCGCACGCUGGACGAGUGGAAGCGUGUCACAUAUAAGGAAGUGCUCAGCUUCAAGCCUCCCCGACAGCUGGGGACCAAGGUGUCCAAGGAGACAGCGCUGUGAAGACCCCUGGGCCCUGAGAGCGGUGGGGAGGGGGCCUUGAGGACCCUGGCUGGGGCUUCCACCUGGAAGGGGAUCCUGAUUAUCACUGUGACUCUGGCUGGGGUUUGCAUCCCAGGAGACCUAUGGUUCCAUGGACCCCCUCCCCCAGCCGUUACCCUGCUCUCAAGGCUACCACCUCAGUCUAACCUUGGGGGGGGGGGGCAUCUGGACCUUCUGAACAGGAUGCCAAACUGACCUGGGACUGGCCUCUGACUCCCUGGGCAGUGGUCCCCUUCCCCAGGUGCAACAAGAAGCCUCAGAGCCUGUGGGGGAUGGGGGUGGUGAGGCUUGGGUCAAGGCUUGGCCUGAUCCUGUCCGCUCCAGCCCCUGCUGGAACCCAGUUCACACAGCUGAAAGAGACACACAGGGAGGGCACUGAGUGCCUACUCAGGGAUGUCUCUCCUGGGGGGCGUUGGUGUGGACUCUCCUGAACCCCCAGCCCGGAAUGUAAAUUGGCCCUGUGCUAUGCCCACAUGACGGGAAGGAAAUAAACCCUUUUGUAGAGAUCCCA